CAAACAAACAAACAAACGUGAAUCACAAACCAUUUAUACAGUGACAAUCACUCUCGUUUCGUCUGCCUCAGGCUGAUUCACGCUAAACAGCAAUCCUACUGAACUUGACAGCUUUGACUGCCGAAACCAAACCCCGGUAUCCGUAAAAGAGACCCUAAUGCAGGGCAACCCAUUGGGACAAGUAACUAAUAAAAAAUCUACCGAACUCGCAUGUCCAGUUUAUAUAAGGCUCGUGUGAACUGCUGCUUAAACCCGAUGAAACCUCUUGGCCUGCAACAACUCAUCCAGAGAAAAAUAGCCGUGAUAGCCUGUUUGUGCUUCCUUGUAUCAGACUCUAUACCUGGUAUGACAUGGCUUCAGUCAACUGAUCAUGCUAUCAACGCUGAUAUAUGGAUCAACUCAGCCUGUUUUCGGCAACCGAGAUUAACAAUGUGUGAUAGUCCUGGAUCAGCUACAGGUGUCCAUGACUCGGUGUCUGAACACCGAAGCAUGAGCUGAUAGAGUGGACUUUGUCACGAUGUUAUCCACGGAGUUGCAAGGAAUAUAGUGGACAGUAACAGACAGUAUGAAGAGUUCCCGUUCCCCAUCCGUCCCGUCCCGUCUCGUUUCAUCAACCCAUCCAUGAAUUCACUAGCUUUCAGGCCUCAACUCUUAGUUAGCCUUGAUGGUUGGUCAACUCAACUCAACCAGCUCUAAAGCCAUCGGCAAAGACAAAGGCAAAAGCAAUUCUCAACUGCCAGAUUUGUAUAUGCGCCAUUUUAUUCCGACAAUAUGUGGCAACCGUGGCGUGCAACCUCUUCACGAUUGCUCCCGCAGAGAGUGAAAGGAUUCGAUCCAAUCCAGAGUCGUUCUGAGGGUGUAAAAGAGCCAAGUUGGUUGUCUAAGGUAGCUAAGACGCCGACAGGGGAGGGCUUGAAUUGAUGGGUUGCGGAGCCGUCAAACUUAUACGCUAAACUCCACUGGACACGCAGCCCGUACAGCACCUUCAGGGCCGCUGCAAUUACCCGCCGGGACGGUAACUACAGGGCAUCAGUGAUGGAGGGGACCAUCUCAGGAACUGGAACCUGGAAAACUUCCAUCUUUGCUAGGCUAGGGCACCUUGUAACCAAACAACCUUGCAUCCCACGAGCCCAGCCCAGCGUUACCUUAGCUUGCAAGUGGCUGCAGGGGAGAAGGCAACUUUUUUUCUAAGGUGGUUCACUGAAUCACACUCACACGGACGGUCAGACAGACAGACAGACCUAGAGACCGGACCUCAUCUUAAAUACUGUAGUAACCUAACCUCUAACGAGAGGCAAGCCAGGCAAUCAGUCACGUUUUGAUGCUCAGCUCUCUCUAACAUCCAUGGCCUUUUAACUCCCUAAGCCGAGAUCCCCCGACCUCUUUUUCUCAACACUUCAUCUUGCAAUUCUCACAUUUCUUAACCUUCAACCGCUUACUUGAGCACCAGCCCAAGUUUAAACUCUUCAAGUAAGUCUACUACUGCUAGCUUGUACCGGGUUCGAGCUCCUAAAUCGGAUAACCCUUAACUAAGUUAUCUCCCCUCGUCGAGUUGCCUAAUAAGUCAAGCCUCUGAUAAAUCUUGUACAGAAUUUCUACACCAGCGUUGACCGAUAUUUCACUGAUCAAAUUCAAAUAUUCCAUUGCGGUUGGAUACAUGGUCUCCAAUCCUGCAGAUGCUUAUACGACAAAGAAGCAUUGUACACUGAGACACAGCUUACUCUCUUGGGGCCACUUAAACUCAAGACUCUCGACAUAAGCUCGUCCAAUCAACAAGAUAUCCUCAACAUGACAGCUUCAGGAACAGUGGCUCUCUUCUCACCAGGGCAGCAUGGGCACCUGAUACCCUAUCUGGCAGCCAUUCACGCCUCCUGUAUCACUCACGACCGAACUAUCGCAGAAUUCCUCCCGCCCCUAUCUCACGAGAAACUCCUUGCUUGGUGGAAAGAGCGAAUUGCAGAGGUGGCAGACGGCAAACGCCUCAUAUUCAUUCUCCUGAACGACUGCGAGCCCGGAGCUCGACCGAACGGCUCCGAUGUGGUGGGCGUUGUCAUGUUAAACAUGCCCUCUUCAGAAACUGGCCCUUUCCGCGGUGUUGUUGAGAAGCUUCUUGUCCACAAAGCUUUUCGCGGUCGAGGAGGUGCCAGAACCUUGAUUUCUGCUCUCGAAGCUGAAGCAACCAAGCGUGGUCGAACUAUUCUACUUCUCGACACAGAGACCGGGAGCCCAGCAGAAGAGGUGUAUAAAAAGCUUGGUUAUGUCGAGCUUGGCCAGAUCCCAAAAUAUGGUCUAAGUCCAAAUGGAGAACUUAAGGGAGGUACCUUCUUUUGGAAACAUCUGACGUUGCAAUCCUAAGGAGCUAUCAUGGAGGGGUUAAGUGAAUCGAGCUCUUGUUGUUAUCAAGGAUCGACUAUCCAAAAGUGCUGUAGAAAAUUCCCAUCAUUGGAGGAAAACGAGGCGACUCGAUAUUGCUGUUCUUGUCACGGACUAUGGCUGGCGGGGUGCUUCGGUUUGUGUUCUAGAUAUCCAUCCAAAAUAUGAACAUUUCACGACAAAAUUGACAUUGUACAUGCCUGUAUAAACU